AUGUUUGCAGUGUACUGGAGUGUGUCUAAGUACGGCAACCCCGUUCUUGUGGUAGGAGGCUGGCGGUUCAGGCGUGCCGGAAAGACUGUCGGCACUGGAAACACUGAACCGCCGCCGACGCUGGGUCUACCAUUUCCGUUUCCUUGCUUUCCUGGACAAUUUCGUUACUGUUUGAGCAAGAGAGGAAAACCAGCUAUAGAAGUGGGUGCGCACAGGUUUUGUUUCAAUGGCCGCGCAGCCAGCGGUAAAGUGUGGUGGCGUUGUUCCCGCAACCCUCGCUGUAGGGCUGCUGUUCAUACAUUUGGACUACGUGUUGUACAAAUGAAUAGCGCUCACACAUGCGGAGUGAGAGCUACGCCACUUACGCCUAUGUUUUAG